AUGUCCGAACUUCCCCGGGAGAUUGAAAAGCUUCAGCGUUUGCUGAAGAAAGCGCGGCGCGAGAAAGAGGAAGCAAAGGCGCGAGAAGAGGAAGCAAAGGCGCGAGAAGAGCAAGAGCGGCGCAAGAGCCAGAAGACCACGCUGGAGGAAUAUUUAUACAACUGCCAUUUCCACCUCUAUACGAAACUCGGGUUCGCCGACAAGUCCAAGUCUUCGACGGGACUCGCUAAGCGAGUCGACAACAAAUACUAUCCUAAGUGGCUACGUCCUUGGAACAUCUUCGCCAGCUACCAGCGACACCAACAUUUUGACGAGAUCAGGAGGGUCUGCGGAGCUACUGUCUCUUACGAUCCGGCUGGUAACGAGAACGCCGUCGAGUACUUCGAGAAGAUCGCAGUUGAAGUUCCCGUGCGGGAAAUCCUGGCGCCCGUAUGGGAUCAGGAGGGCUUACAUGGGGAGCACCGGAUUACGAUGUUACGAUUCAGUCACAACGUCCGCGACUUCACGCAACCGAGCGAUAGUCGGAUUGGAGAUGAUGACCCAAACGAGGAAAGGCAGGAGCGACGACGGCCGGCCGGGACCACCAUGCGAAUCGCAUCCACAAGAGAAUUCCAGCCGCCACCAAUGAAACCUGAUGGAGGGGGCAUACGUACGCACCUGGACGGUGACGAGAGCAUGGCUUUUGUCUAUGACUUUAAGGCAGCUCACAAGUUUGCGGCGGCGUACCUCAAGGCCACACUUGCGAAAGAGAAACUGUUUUCGGAGGUCAUCGCAAGGUACAACAGCAAUAAAUACAAGAGCAAUAUCAAGCUGCAGGAGCAAGAGAGGGAGGAAACCCGGAUUGCCAUGGCGCUAACACAAGUCUUCGACUAUAUGGUUUGGUAUGGGGUUGCAUACGGCUAUGUCGCCGCCGUUCGUCGCAGAAACGAGGACGAGGACGAGGAUGGUCCGAAGAGUGAUCCAUCCCGGACUUGGACAAGAACCAACACGAAUGAGCGUAGGGAAGGUCCAUCGAGCGGCAGCUGUGAGGACCAGGAGACCGAAACGUCCGAUCCGGGACCCACCAGGCAAUACUGCACACAGGCCUGCUUGUUGAGCCUCAAGAGAGGCUGGGAUCUCGACGCCAAUUGCCCCAACGUGCCCUCGCAUCGCACCACCGAAGGCGGUAUCCGACACCCCAUCGACGCCGGCGAGUUCACCCGCCUGGUGGGCGAGCGGCUGCGCCGGAAUCCUUAUCGAAACUGCAAGGCGCUGGACGGCCAAGGCAAGGUUGGGGCGACAGGGGUGCUCUUCAAGUUAGAGCUGGCGCCGUAUGGCUACACAUUCGUGGGCAAGGGAACGCUGUCGGAUCAUCUAUACCUCCUGGAGUACGAGAGCCGUAUCUACGCACAUCUCGACAAGCUCCAGGGCGAGGUGGUGCCGGUGCACUUUGACAUCGUCCGACUGGCUAGGGGUUACGUCCUCCCUGGCGGGGCAAGGUCGUUCACAUGA